UUUUUUUUUGCUUCGUUGAUAUUCUGGACGAAAAUCCUGAUUUUUGCUUUUAGAACUAAUUAUAUGCAUCAAAAUUAUUUUUUGAUCGGAGUAUUUAAAAAAAGUAGAGGCAUCAGGACCAUGCUGGUUAUAAAGCAUCUAUAGGAGCUGUCCGCAAGUUAACAAUGCUAGUCACUAACAUUUUCGCAUGGUAGUUCAAGGAAACUCGAGCGCAGAAGGUCAAACUGAAGGUCAUACGGUGCAGACCCUUAGCCAGGGGGGUUAGGGGCGGUUCGAAAGAACACCCUUUUUGCUGGGAAAGGGUCCACUCUGGCGGGACAACAAUGAUUAACAUUGUGUGAACAAGCACAGUGUGACGAAAACUGUGGUUUCCGAUCUGAAAGCCCAAAGCUGAAUUCACGCCAGCUUCGCGAGGGGAAGAUGAUUUAGCAUCCAACGUACAGAAAAGAAACAAUCAACAGAAAAGUCAAGGCAGCAUUAAACAAAUACCUGAGAAAUGUGCUUGAGAAUAGUAGAUGGAAAAAUACUCAGUCCAGUGCAAAGACACAAUCCACAUACCAGUGCCUACGUAUGCUAGUAGAGAACAGUAAAGGCAGCAACACUCAACUCAGAGCAGGGAGACAGUCGACGUGUCAAUUAAUACCUUUGUGUGUUAGUAGAGAACAGGGAAGUAACCAACAUUCCCUCCAAUACUGGGAGACAAUCAAAAUACCAGUGCCCCUGUGUGCUAGUAAACAAUAAAGAAACCAACACUCAGCCCAGAGGCAGGGAGACAAUCGACAUGUCACUACCUUCGUGUGUUACUAAAGAACAGUAAAGGAGCCAACACAGCCUAGUAAAGGGGUACAGUGACCAAGAAUCUACCUCUGUGCGACUAAAACGAUUAUACCAGUGCAGGAAGACAAUAAAUAUACUGGUAUAUUUGUAUAUUGGUAGACCAGAAUCAUCGGAAAUGCAGUCAAGCGCAAGAAGGAUUUGUCCUACAUCGUACCUAUGGUAUCUGGAUGAAGAUCCCUAUUACCCCUAUUCACAUUUUACUGGAAACUUGCCAAGCUGGACUGAUUUGCUUUUUUAUGUAGCAGCACUAAACCCACAAUGAACUCAGACUCUUGUCUUUGCGUGAUCCACUUACUUUUAGCAAAGGCUGACACCUUUCUAUAAUCUUGUUGUUGCUUCGCACAACUACAAAUAAAAAGGCAAGACACGCCCUUUCAAACAACACGGGGUGUAGCCUGUUGGGUGGUCGUGAAAUGCACGGUAACUGGGGUUCUGAAUAGGGCGUUCGUCCUUCGUCUUUUAUUCCCGAUUGAUCAAAUAGUUGUGAAUGAUGUUUGCGCAUUUCCAAUUUCAUGUGUGGAAUUAAAAUGGCUUCAUCUAAAGAAGAUAUGUUUGAGCUAUUAUAUUGCCGAAAGUAUGUUCACCAAAUUCAAGAUAGUGACAACGAAAAUAUCGCCUUUUAUGUGGGUGACACAAAUGAAAAGUUAGAACGCCAAGGUGAUGCACACAAAACCUUUAAUGGAGACCGAGACAAACUUGAUAUCCUUAAUAAACUGGAUGAAGAUCCCUAUUACCAAGGACCAGGCACGGACCAGGUUGAAACUUGGACAAACCUCAACCUUAGAGGGUUAGGAUGCAGAAUCCCUGACAGCAUAGCACGUUGUAAAAACCUUAGGGUACUUGAUGUUUCCAAUAACAGUCAAUUGGACAAAGAGGAAAUUGUGAAAAUCUGUAGGUUGGAGACUGUGGAAGAGUUAAACAUGUCUAAUUCCAGUAUCACUACAAUAACGCAAGACAUAAACAUACCUAAGCAUUUGACAAAACUUAAUUUGUCCCAAAACCAAUUAACAGAACUCCCUUUGCAAUUAUUUAACCAUGUGAAACUGGAGGAGCUUGACCUUAUUCACAACAACAUAGCGUUCGUUACGCCACAGGUGGAGCUCUUUUGCAACUUGAGGAAGUUAAACCUCUCCAAUAACCCUUUAGGAAAAUUCCCACUUGAAGUGUGUAACAUAAAAACGCUGGAGAACAUUUCCCUGGCACAUACCGGCAUUACAACUGUCCCACGAGAAAUAACAUUGCUUGGAAACUUAAAGGGGUUAAGCCUGUCAUCAAAUUGUUUAAAAGAAUUCUCAUCGCCUUUGUGUGAACUGGCAGCAUUAGAGACCCUUGAUAUUUCUAGAAACUCCAUCACUACAGUGCCACCUACAUUAAAACAACUUCAGCAUUUGAAUAAAUUGGACCUGUCUUAUAACAAGCUUACAGCACUCCCCUUGCCAGUGUGUGGGUUGGUUACACUGGAGACACUUAAUCUUUUGGGAAACAACAUAACUGCAGUGCCUCCUGAGAUAGCACUACUAAAAAAUCUGAAGGAAUUGAACCUGUCUCAAAACAAGUUGGAAGAACUCCCGUUGCCAGUGUGUGAGUUGGUUACACUGGAGACACUUGAGCUUCGGUAUACCCACAUUACAACAGUGCCAGCUGAGAUAUCACAACUAAGGAAUCUGAAGAAAUUAAACCUUUCUGCUAACAUGCUGGAAGAACUCCCGCUGCCAGUAUGUGAGUUGGUAACACUGGAGACACUUGAGCUUCGGUAUACCCACAUUACAACAGUGCCAGCUGAGAUAUCACGACUUAAGAAUCUGAAGAGACUGAAACUGUCUUUUAACAAUUUGGAAGAACUCCCAUUGCCAGUGUGUGAGUUGGUAACACUGGAGACACUUGAGCUUCGGGAAAUUCACAUCACUACAGUCAAACCGCAGAUAUCACAACUUCAGAAUCUGAAAGAAUUGAACCUGUCUCAAAACAAGUUGGAAGAACUCCCGUUGUCAGUGUGUGACUUGGUGACACUGGAGACACUUGAUCUUCUUAGCAACUACAUCACCAAAGUUCCACCUGAGAUAUCACAACUAAAGAAUCUGAAACAAUUGAACCUGUCUCAAAACAAGUUGGAAGAACUCCCGUUGUCAGUGUGUGAAUUGGUUACACUGGAGACACUUAGCCUUUGGGAAAUUCACAUCACUGCAGUGCCACCUGAGAUAUCACAACUUAAGUAUCUGAAGGAACUGAACCUGUCUUUUAACAAUUUGGAAGAACUCCCGUCGCCAGUGUGUGAGUUGGUAACACUGGAGACACUUGAUCUUUCUAGCAAUCAUAUCACUACAAUGCCACCUCAGGAACAUGUAACACAACUAAAGAAACUGAAGGAGCUGAACCUGUCCUAUAACUGGUUGAAAGAACUCCCUUUGCCAGUGUGUCAAUUGAAGACACUGGAGACCCUUGACCUCAUGGACAACGACAUCACUACAAUGCCGCCUGAGAUAACACAACUUAAGAAUCUGAAGGAAUUGAACCUGAAAAAUAAGUUAAUGCAGCCACCACAGGAAGUAGCAGAUAGAGGAAAAGAAGCCGUUUUUAGAUAUUUUGAUGACCUUAUCAGAACCAAAGCUACAACGUCAUCAAGACUCCAGGUGCAUAUCCUUGGUGAAAUAUGCGUAGGGAAGACAAGUUUGGUGAAAACUCUGACAUCAGGUACCCCUUUCUUAACAUCCAUGGCAGACAGAACACACGUCAUGGAGCAGAUCGCGUGGUCGCCAAAGGAAGACGUUUUUCUCAACAUAAACGAUUUUGGUGGUCAUGAAGUCUACAGAGUCGCACAUAACUUCUUCAUUACCGAGGAAGCACUCACGCUGAUAGUGUUUAAUCUCCAGGAUGUAUCCUCGAAAUACAUAGACACCAUCACAAGCUGGAUAGAUAACGUUUACAGCAGAGCACCAGAUUCAACUAUAUUGCUUGUAGGUACACAUGCAGACUGUCUGAGCAAUGAGCAGGAGUUGGAUGCCAGAAAGAAAAAGGUUUUGUGUGAUCUUGAAUCUCACUUACGCGAUAAGGCGUCUAAAUUAAGAACAAGUCUGGAAGAAUUAGAGAAGAGGACAGAAUUCAAAAGCUCAUAUGCAGAGGCCUUCGAUGAAAAGAUGACGCGCAUCAAAAGGCUAAUAGAAAAUCCACCACGUGUUGAGAAAAGUGUUUUUGUCACUAGUUCUCAAACUGGAUACGGAAUGGCCGAGCUUAAGGAGGAGUUAAUCAGAACAGCUCAAGUAAAAAAAUUGACACUGCCUGAGGCAUGGCUGCAGAAAGUGGAGCAAAUAGAGAGAGCAAAACAGAAUGGACAAGAUCCUUUCCUAACUCUGGACUCCCUUGACACAAUGACAAAGAAAACACCUCCACAAAUGCAGGGAGAUGGCGAUGCUCAACGAAUCGAAGAUGUAUUGAAUUUCUUACAUGCUACAGGUGUUGUUCUUUGGUUCAGAGAUAAUCCAUUGUUGAAGACCUACGUAUUCCACAGACAAGAGGUUUUUAUUGAUAUACUAAGAGCUGUCCUCUGCGAAGAUAUUGAUUCAACUCUUGUGUAUAAUACUAACCCUUUCAACAUGAAGUACAGUGAAAGGAAAUUUGAAUCAGCAAAGGAAGAUGUACUGCGAAGAGGUAUCGUCAGCAAAACAAUGUUGGAGUGUUUAUGGUGGCGAUUUAACUUUGGAAGACGCGGCCUUGAAGCCAUGUUAGAGUUGUUAGAGAAUUUUGAGAUUUGCUACCUUGUGAAAGGUGCUGAUGAAAACCGAUACCAUUUCCCAUGGCUUCUGACGGAAGAUAGACCCAAAUGUAUUUCCUCAAAAUGUCCAUCUGUUCCAUCAAAAGAGAAGUUGCAAAUUUCGACUGAGAUCCAUUUUCCAACUGCCUGUCCCCCUGGUCUCUACGAGAUGGCAGCAGUGCAUCUCCACAGUUGUUUAGGACAUUACAAAUCAACACGUCAAGACUGGAAAGAUGGUUUUUAUGCUGAACUCGACAGCCAGUUCCAAAUGUGGUUUGAAAGAAGGCUCAGUGGAAGGUCACCCAAUGGAGUUCUUCGACUUUUCAUACGUGGUGAAGAUCCCAUUCAACUGAAGAAGCACAUUCUGGUGAUAUUUCAGGAUCUUGUAGACCUUGUAGAGAGAGAAUGUCCCGGUUCUCCUCGCGAUGAAUACGUGGUGUGUCCACACUGUGUACGAGAGGAGAAGAAUCCACCAACCCUGUUUGACGCCCCUAAGUUUUUACUUAGUGUUCCCCUUGAAGAACCAGCACCUUAUCAUCCAUGUCCUGAGGAAGACCCCAACACUUUGGCCUCACCAGACUUUUUCUAUCCAGUUACGAAAGGAAAAAUGACAGCUGUGCACUGUACAUCCCUUGACAAACACGCUAACCACACUGUGAAGAUCAUCCGUGGUACAUUCAACAGUCUCCACAAGAUACUCAGUCGACUUGGUAAAACUGGCAUAUUAACUGAGGAAGAAAAGGCAGCAAUCCUAGAGCCAGAUGCAGAUGAUAGACUUUUGAGUUUCCUUAAAGGCAAGAAUGAUUCUGCCUUUUUCAUUUUUUGUGGUGCUCUUCACGACAGUGGACAUGCGCAAAUGGCUCGGAUGUUGAGGCUACCUGACUUGGCUAUGGAGCUAUCAGACGUCGCCCUCGGUGACGUAUUGCAGAGAUUGCUGGACCGAAGGGUGAUAUCAACGAAAGAAAAUUACACCGUGCGACGUGAGCCAACCAAGGCACUUAAAGUCAUAGCCCUACUUAAGAAGUUAAGGGAGGGCAAGCGAGAUGACGAGGCAGAGAGCGCCUUCAUUGAAUUCGGUAAAGCCCUAGAUGAAGAAAUUGCCAAACGGAAAAACACUUAUUAGG